AGCUUCAGGAAGUAGAUAAGCGCAGCUCAACUCUGGGUGCAUUUUUGCCCUGCUGCUGGGUACAAUGGCUGCUGCAAAUCCAGCCAAAACGCUCCAGGAGGAAGCUACUUGUUCCAUCUGUCUGGAUUAUUUUAAAGACCCGGUGAUGAUUAUAGACUGCGGGCACAAUUUCUGCCGAGCCUGCAUCACCCAGUGCUUGUGGGGAUGGGAGACAAACCUCUCCUGCCCUUGCUGCAGGGGCAGCUUUCUCCAGAGAAACCUCAAGCCAAACAGGCAGCUGGCCAACGUGGCAGAGGUGACCAGACAGCUCAGCCUGCGGCUGUUCAAAGAGCCCCGAGGGCAUGGGGUGUGUGAGAAACACCUGGAGGCUCUGAAACUCUUCUGCGAGGAGGAUCAAACUCCCAUCUGCGUGGUGUGUGAUAGAUCCAAGGAGCACAGAGCUCACACGGUGGUUCCCAUAGAGGAGGCUGCCCAGGAGUACAAGGUGCAGAUUCAGAGCCACCUGGAGAUUUUGAAGAAAGAGAGAGCUGAGAUUCUAGAGUUUCAAUCAAGUGGGAAAAUGAAAAGCCAGGAACUUCUGAAAGAAGUGGAAGCCGAGAGGCAGAAGGUUGUGUCUGAAUUUCAGCAGUUGCGCCUGUUUCUGGAGGACCAAGAGAAACGCCGGCUGGGCUGGCUGGGCGAGCUGGACAAGGAGAUUGUGAAGAUGAGGGAUGAAAAUGCCACCAAAUACUCUAAGGCACUCUCUUGCCUCGGCGAUCUGGUCUGUGAGAUGGAGGGGAAGUGCCAGCAGCCAGCGAGUCAGUUCUUGCAGGUCAUCAGAAGCACCUUGAGCAGCUGUAAGAAGGGGAAGGAGAAGUUUCAAAAUCCAACAGCAGAGUCUCCUGACUGGAGAAGAAGAAUCAAAGAACUUUCUCAAGAAACCGUAUCGCUACAGGAUGCUGUGAGGAAAUUCAAAGAGUCUCUGUCAUCUGAAACUGUGUUGAAAUCAGCAAAUGUGAGUUUUGAUCCAGCCACGGCUCAUCCCCGCUUCGUCGUGUCCAACAGACGGAAAAGCGUGAGAUGGGGAGACACGCGGCAGGAUCUGCCCUAUAGUCCUAAGAGAUUUGAUCCUUCUCGCUGCAUGCUGGGCUGUGAGGGAUUCACCUCGGGGAAACAUUGCUGGAUGGUGGAAGUGGGGGAUGGGGGAAACUGGGCCGUGGGGGUGGCCAGAGAGUCUGUGAGGAGGAAGGGAGAGAUCAGAUUGGACCCUGAGGGGGGCAUCUGGGCCAUGGGGCUCUGCAGAGGCCAGUACCGGGUUCUAACCUCCCCUGUGACUCUUCUGACCCUGAGCAGGAGCCCCACGAGGAUUCUGGUUUGUCUGGAAUAUAAAGAGGGAUUGGUGACAUUUAUAGAUGUCGAUAGCAUGACCAGGAUAUUUUCAUUCCCAUCAGCUUCUUUUACAGGGGAGAAAAUCUUCCCUUUUUUCCGGGUUGGGGAUAUGCAGACGCACCUCAAGCUACUCCCUUGCAUCACAGGGUAACACCAGGCCUCAGGGCUCUGUACUGAGAGCGUCCUUGACAGAAGGAGAUGACCGGGUUACAUGGGCCAAACUCAUUGGCCUUGUCCAUGCUACAGGGAUGUUUGCGACAUAGCCAGCUUGCCCCAUAACUAUGCUAGGAUAAUCCCAUAGUGUAGAUGCAAUCGAUGCCAACAGAAGGGGCUUUGCCAUCAGUGUAGGAACUCCCUCUCCCCAAGCGAAAGAUAACUACAUUGAUGGAAGCCUACUUCCGUUGCCUUAGCUGCGUCCAUGAUGGGGGUUAGGUUGGCAUAGCUACAGCGUACAGGUGUGUGUUUUUUCCCGCAACCCUUCCCGAUGCAGUGUGUCAACCUAACUUUUUAAGUGUGACCCAGGCCAUUGUCUCAGGGAUUGUUCGGCCUGUUUCCCCUCCAACCUCUGCAGGUUCUCAAGGAUCGUCUGUCUGCCAGCUCAGAGUAUGAGAGAGGGGAACCUGGGGUGGGGGAGAGAGAAGGAAAUGAGGUAUAGAGAGAGAAGCCCAAGAAAGAGGAAGUGGAGAUGAGGGAGGGAAAUGGUGAGUAGAGAAGGGAAACCCAGAGAAGAGAAGAUGUGGACUGGAGGGGGGAAGCUUGGGAAGCGUGCGGGAUUUGAGAACAAACAGAAAAGAUGAAAGGGGCAGGGGUGUGAUUACACCGUGUGAAUUACACUCACUUUAUGAUGAGUGGGAAGGUGAAGAUCACAUGCCUGUGCACUUGGUGGGAUCCUUCGCCUGAGCAGAGUCCUUGAGGGUACUUCUACACUAGAGUGGCACAGCUACAGUAGGGUUGCCAACUUGGUAAUAUUUAAAAAACGGGUGCUCCAGCUGGAGUGCCAGAAUGUCCCCUUCCCCACCUCUUUCCCCCAAGGCCCUACCCCUGCCCCACCUCUUCUCCCCCAAAUCCCAAUCCCUGCCCUGCCUCUUCCCCUGAGGACCCACCCCUGUCCACUCCUCUUCCCCGUCACUUACUGCUUUUCCCCUCUCAAACCUGAGUCAGCAGGGACUCACCUGCAGAGCCAGGGCUGGGAACUGUAGUCACCUGACACAGGUAGAAGGUGGCCCUGGCUGAGUAGGGUCUGGUACGGGUGAUGACCGAGCACCUCCCCACUUCCCCUGCCCUCAAUAACCAGACUUUGAGAGUCCAGUCAGUAGAUGUGAUUGGACACUAUCAGGUCCCCUGUUCGACCGGAAACCGGACACCUGGCCAUCCUAAACUACGGCGCUGCAAUUUUGCCACUGAAGGGAGCCCCAGAGUGUAGAUGCUUCCAACAUCGAUGGAAGGGGGUUUUGCAUUAACGUAGUUAAUCCACCUCUCCGAGAGCUGGCAGCUAGGUCAACAGAAGAAUUCUUCCAUCGACCUAGCCGCGUCUGCGCCAGGGGUGAGGUUGACCUAACUACAGCCCUCAGGAUACAACAUUUUUCACAGCCAAGAGAGACGUAGUGAGGCCAAUCCAAGUUUUAAGUGUAGACCCGGCCUAACUUUACAUACACAUCUGGUAAACACAAGAGCCUUAACGUCAGGUUUGGGCCCAGGCCCUGGUUGGCUCCUUCCAGGGAGGACAAGAAGGAUGUCAUAAAAACAGCUCCUUGCCUUGAAUUCUUGUGCAGCAUCCGUCUGGAAUCCCAGAUUCCCAGUGGGGAGUCUAGAACCCGCUCCAUCCACACAAGCAGCGAUUGCUGAGUGUGCUCUGAGAAUGUGAAAGCACUCGCUGAAAGGACUGUUUUUAUGAAAGGUUUCAGCUAGUCACUUAGAACUCCAUUCAUUUUUUUUUUUUUAAAGGAAUGGAGGCCCAGUUUUUCAGGCUUCUCAGCAGUCACAGUUGGGGCCAGAUCUUCUAAAGUGCCCAGCAUUCAGAUGCACCCCGUGUGCUGAGCUUAUCUGAAAAUCUGCCUGUUUAUUUAGGUGCCUCAAUGGGAAUUUAGAUAAUCUGACCCCCCCCGCCCCGCCACCAGUUUAGGGUUGCCACCCAUUUGGGUUUUACCCAGACAGUCAAGUUUUUGGCUUCUGCGUCUGGGUGCCAUUUAGGAAAGUCAGAUCGAAAAGGGGACCUGGCAACAUUAUGGCACCAGAACCAAAAGCCAGUUUACCAUGGGGUGAGGGUUGCCUUCUACCUGCAGGCAGGCUCCUUGAGACAACCCAGCAAGGGAGAGGGGCAAGUGACAGGGGCGGAGCUUUGGGGGUGAGAGGCAGAGAAGGAGUGGAGCCUUUGGGGGAAGAGGCGGGGUAGGGGUGUGCCCUCAGGGAUCCAGUUAUCACCAAUUAGAUAGAUGGCAACCCUACCCCAGUUGUGGGUGCUGAGCCCCCCAAAAACUCCAUCCAUAGCUUCUUGACUCUCUGACCCUGGAGGACUUCAUCUGAAUCCCUCCUGCGAGCAAAAACUACAACGUGGUGUGAGAGCACCAGGGGCAGAAUCCUGCUCCCAAUUAGAAAGAAUCAUUGUAAUAAAGUUACACAUCCUCCCCUAAUCAGGCUGCUCACAAGGGGGGAUUAUUUUUCAUUUCUAAGGGAAUUUAGUCUCUUGCAGUAAGAAAUAGAAGUUAUUAUAAUGGCAGAAACUAAAGAAAGGAAACCCUGCUUUGAGCCUCUUAUGCAUUGCUUUCAGCAUGGACCAAGGAAAGAAAUUUGGGAACAUGAAUUAAAUGAGGAAUAUCUGUAGGGAAAAUUUCAUAGAUAUGCACAGAAUGAAAAACAUGGCCAAUAUCUGUUGCAUCCCAAGCGUUUCCCAUUAGGAGAAUUGGGUUUAAAGCGUUGUCAUAUGGGUUCUGUCUGUAAUUCCCAUUUCUUGGUUGGUUGGUUUGUUUUUUGGUAUCUGGCAGUAAAUUUCACUCUUUGCAAUCAA